UCUGGUGAAAAUGCCUGUUUUUGCAGUGCCCCUGAAGACAGAAAAGCCACAAAAAAAGGAUUGUGAGGUUUUUAAUGGCUGGUCUGAUGGUCAGCCUCAGUACAGCACUGCUCCCUGCACACACACUCCCUUCAUCUGCAGAAUGAGCAAAGACUAUUAUCUGAAGAAGAAGGACCUGAGAGAAUCUCUAACGCUCAACCCAAGCCCCUUCAUGCAAAGCGCCAUGCAGUAUGGCGUGACUGCAGACAGUGUGCUCUCUGAUACUGUAGAUGUGCAGGGUUGGGCCUCUGUGUCCCGUCUGUUGAACGUGUCUGAGCAGGCUGUUUUAAAGAAGCAGGAGCAGCUGGAGGACAGGGACAUGUUCUUUCUCAUGCAUGUUCUCUCUCGGGCCGCUGACCUGCCCAGCACCGCCAACCAUAGUCAGCGUGAAGUGGAGAGCCUCGGCCAGAGCUUCAUCACCAUUGCAGAUUCACUCAUCAGCCAAGACAAUGUCAGUAAAUGGAACAGCAUCAAAGAGGUAGUGAAGGGCCCAAUGGCAGUCAUACAGAGUGUCGAACGCAUGGUGAGCAACCUUAACUUUCUACUGAUGGACGACACAGAGAGUGUGCAGAUACGCUCCGACAAAAUCAAGCUGCAAGUCCAAAAGAAGCUGCUUUCUAAAGGUUCUCAGGUUUCUGUGUUUUGUGGACCGGAUGCAGGAGAUCGUGACUGCAUCUCUGUCUCAGCAAAAAACAUGAAGGAACUGCAAAACAGAGGCAUCAAAAAUGUGACUUUACUGAAUACAUGGUACAGCUCUGUGAAUUGUGUCUCAGAGAGAGAGGAAAACAUUAGCCUUUCUCCUAAAGUCAGUGAUGGAUCUCAUAGUAGUUUGCGCACAGUCUUGGUCUCAUCGGUCAUCUCCAGUACAGUGCUGGCAGAUGGAAAGCUGAUCAACAUGGCCGUAAACUUCACACUCCAGCACCGGAUUCAGAACAGUUCACAGAAUUUGACACCUGUCUGUUCUUUUUGGGAUUUUGACCUGAUGCCAGAUGGGGGAGGGUGGUCAACAAAGGGUUGCACCUUUAUUUCCUCUCGAAAUAACUCAACUUCCUGUUUCUGUAACCACACUACCAACUUUGCCUUGCUGUUACAGAUCUACGAUGUUCAGAGCUAUGAACAGGAGACAGGCCUGCAGAUCUUCAGUUUGAUUGGCUCUUUUGUGUCUCUGUGUGGUCUUGUCUUCACAUUAAUUCUCUUUGUGGCUGUUGGUGUUCCCAAAUCAGAUCGGACCACAGUUCACAAAAACCUGGUGGUGGCGCUCGCUGUAGCUCAGCUCUUGCUUAUUUUCAGCGACUGGGCUGAGGGCAACCAGGAAGUCUGCUGGCUGGUGACGGUGCUGCUGCAUCUGUUCUUCCUGUCGUCUUUCUGCUGGAUGCUGGUGGAGGGCUUGCUGCUCUGGAGUAAAGUGGUCUCUGUGAACAUCAGCGAGGACAGGAGAAUGAAGCUGUACUAUGUGCUGGGCUGGGGGCUGCCGGUUGUUAUAGUCGUAGUAACCUUGUCAGCCACUUUGGAUCAGUAUAAAGCACAGCAGUACUGCUGGCUGAACCUUCAGUCGCAUGUUAUUUGGGCUUUUGCAGGGCCUGUGCUCUUUGUUUUGGCUGUCAACGCUGUGGUGCUUUUUCGGGUGGUUAUGGUCACAGUGGCCAGUGCACGUCGCAGAGCCAAAAUGCUGACACCCAGUUCUGAUUCGAAACUUCACAUGCUGGAUCUUACCUGGGCAGCGACGAGGCCAGUGUUGAUCUUGUUACCAGUGUUAGGUCUGACCUGGCUGUGCGGAGUGCUAGUACACUUGUCUGUCGCCGUGGCCUAUCUGUUCAUCACACUCAAUGCUUUUCAGGGCCUGUAUAUUUUUCUGGUGUAUGGAGUUUACAACAGUGAGGUGCGAAACGCUAUAAGAAGAAUCCAGGACAAGCGGAAAGCUUUGUCAUUUACAAACUGCUCACAGCCGGUCAGCUGCUUGUCCUCCCAGAAGUCUCCCAGUGCAUCAUGGGUAAACAGCCUGUCGACUCGUUCCAGCCCGGAGAGCAGCGAGAGCUCGACUCCCAUCACCACUUCCACAGCCGACUCGCUCGUCUUUGAGAACGGUGAGUCAAACUCAUCCAUGACCAUAUUGAGUUUCCCAUUAAAACCAGCCAACAGAAGUCAGGUGAUUCAGCUGACAGCCUUUAAGCCCUCAGGUUGUUGAGGGGAAAACUACACUACAAUUGUGCAUGGACCCGUGGCUUAUCCUGGGACGAGGACGUAGCUCAUUCUGUGGAGGAGCACACACUGCCUCCUCCGCAAUCCUGCAGGCCGUCUCAUUCCCAGAGCUCAACAAGUGCAUGAAAUGACUUUUUCAGCAAACGUUCAAUGAGACCGUGCUCAACGUUGUGUAUUUAGUCAUCAUUUUAAAAUGUAUAGAUGAGUACAAAGGUUCAUAGUAUUAAACAGGACAACAAAGAGCAUCACACCGUUAAUCGUGACCAGACAACAGAAUGAGUUGUUAGUGAUUUUUGACUUCGGUUGGGAACGAACAGCCCACAUCCGUGGAGAUUUACAUUCAGUGUUUUGAAGAAACAGAAAACUGUGGACAUUGAAACCUACCAGCUGUUUGAUCUUUCUGAAGAUACUGUUCAAAGUAUCAAUAUAUCAUUUCAAUGGCACUUUAUUCAUUUUUUUAUUUAAAAAGUCUUUAGUUCUCAAAGAGCAAGUAUGUGACGAUCACCUGAUCAUAACAUAAUUUAUAUUUAAUGGUUUAUUCAUGCUGUAAUUCUACUACUCAAUUGAAAUUGUAAAUAAUUAUCUUAAUGUAAUGGGUAUAACCUAUUUUUAUUUAAUGCAUA